UGGCAAGCCCCGCCUCGAGGAGAUGGAGGCGGCCAAGCGCGCCGCCCUGGAGGAGUUUUGCCGGGUGGCGAGCCGGCCCCGUGAUGUGGUCCGAGGAAAGAUCGUCUCUUUGGCGGGAGCCGCCCGCAGGUGCUACGCCGACGACCGCAAGCUCGCUCGUAUGGACGACGGUUGCUUCGCCGACAUUAUGCUUUCGGACGGCUGCUUCCUGCUGCAGUUCAUGGCCUCCAUGUGCCCCGACAACCCCGACGCUCCGCCGGAGGCGGACCCACUAAUGUCCAGGGCCGAGGUGCACACCCACGUUGACGCCAUCGCGCGUGACAUCCUGCUGCUCGAGAACCAGGUCCCCUGGCUCGUGCUCGAGGCCCUCAUGGAGUUCAGUCCUCAUGUGCCAGUGGACAAGUUCCUCGCUCUGAUGGCGUCCGCCUUCGAUGUCGGCAACAACCCAACCCAGCAGGCUCUGGCCGGAGAGACAGAACAUGACCAGCCGCCGCCACCGCAUCUCCUCGGCUUCUUCCACCGCCGUCAGGUGGGCGCGGCGCGCACCCAGAGCCUCCGCGUCCCGAGCCUCUCUUCCGUGUCCAGCACCGCGGUGGAGCUCGCCGAGAUGGGCGUGAAGCUGACCGUCACCAAGACCAAAAAAUUCGGGGACAUGACCAUGUCCAAGCGCCGUCACAGCCUCGGCCUCUUCGGCGAGCUCUCCCUGGCGCCGGUGGUCCUGAACGAUCUGACCGCGUGCUGGCUCCUCAACAUGGCGGCGCACGAGGCAUGCCUGGGCGCGACGCGCGCCGACAACUUCGCCGUCAGCUCCUACGUCUCCGUCGUGGCACUCCUCGUGAACAGGCCCGAGGACGUGCAGGAGCUGCGCGGCAAGGGCAUCAUCGUUAGCGCGCUCAGCGACAGGCAGACGCUGCGAUUCUUCAAGAAGCUCGCCAGGGAGCUGCGCGUCGGCCACCGCUACUACGACGUCUUCGAGCGCCUCGAGGAGUACAGGCGGGAGAGGUGGGUGUGGAUCGCCGUGCACAGGUUCCUGUACAAGAACGCCAAGACCAUCGUCGCCGUGCUCUCCGUCGUCGGUGUGCUCGCGGGGCUCUUCAAGACCAUCCUCUCUCUCAAGCAGCCCCAGCGGUAAUCGAGCGAGCCAUGGCCAUCCGUUGCACUGUUUGUUAAUCGUGCAAGCCCUUCCAAUCUGCUAUCCUGUCAAGUUAAUCGUCCGCUCUUAUACCGCGUUUAAGUCUCAUAAACAGAUCGACGGUAAUUCCGAUCUGGUUCUUG